GUUUUCAAAAGAUAUUUCCUCUUUUACUUUAUUCCUUGUUUGAAAUUUUUUUCCCUUUUUACCCUCUCAUGUCCCUAUCAUAUGGUCCACUAUUACAUUAUUAAUUCAAUUUUACUUCCUUUCUCUCUCCUACUUUAACUCCUUUUUAUUUGUUUAUUUAUCUUAACUCAUUUCUCUCCUACUUUACCGACCACAUACCCAUACAAAUGGAUCCUCCUUGAUAUCUGUAAGAACAAUAUCAAAGAAGAUCUUUAGAAAACGGAGAUAGUACUUGUUAGUCCAAAUUAUUCUUUUUUCACAAUAAACCAACUUCACUUUCACCCUUUCCUAGAGAACUGUCUUUUUUUUUUUUUACUUGUGAGUCAAAGAUCCUCUCCUUAAACUCUAAGGGAAACCAAGAAGGGUUAUAUAUAAUGUUGUCAACUUGCUGUCAACAACACCCAUACAGUAUACACAAAAGUAGUGUAACACCUCUGAGGACAAGCAAGAAUCAACAUAUAGUAAGAUGAUUAUUGAAGGAACAGUAAUCUUGAAGAAGAAGACUAUCUCAGGUUUCAAAGAUCGCUUGAUAUCUUCUAUUCUUCCUCGUGAUGAUGUGCUUGUUAGAGGAAAGGUCUCCUUUCAGCUUGUUAGUGUUGUUCAUGCUGAUCCUGCCAAUGACUUGAAAGGAAAACUUGGAAAAAAAUCAUACUUGGAAGAAGUUGUCAACAAAUCCACUAGUUUGGCUUAUGGAGAGUCUGCAUUCAAAGUGAGUUUUGAUUGGAACAAUGAUGUUGCUCUUCCUGGGGCAUUGAUAGUAAGAAAUGAACAUCACAGAGAAUUUUACCUUAGAACUAUCACAUUGGAGGACAUCCCAAAUCAUGGAAAACUCCACUUUAUUUGCAACUCUUGGGUUUAUCCAGCUCAUUGCUACCAGAAAGAUCGCUUAUUUUUCGCCAACAAGACAUAUCUCCCUCAUCAAACACCUACACCACUUCGCAAGUAUCGCGAAGAAGAGCUAGAAAUCUUGAGAGGAAAAGGAAAAGAUAAUCAAAAUGGCAUGCCAGAUGAAUGGGAUCGCGUUUAUGAUUAUGCGUACUACAAUGAUCUAGGAGAACCAGAUAAAGGUCUGAAAUAUGUCCGACCUAUAUAUGGAGGUUCCACUGAAUAUCCUUAUCCUCGUAGACAACGAACAAGUCGUCCACCAACAAAGAAAGAUCCUCAUACUGAGAGUAGGUUGCCACUUAUGAAGGGAAGAGAUGUCUACAUUCCAAGAGACGAAAAAUUUGGACAUGUAAAGUUCUCGGAUUUCAUGGGUGAUACAAUCAAGUCUAUAUCUCAAGGUGUAGCUGGUAUAUUGGAUGCAAUAUUUGACAGAACACCCAAAGAGUUUGACAGUUUCCAAGAAGUGACAGAAAUGUUCAAGGGAGGAAUUAAGCUUCCACAACUUAAGAAGAUUAGAGAUAAUGUACCAACGAAAUUCUUAAAAGCACUGUUUCGGAGUGAUGGUGCACCAGUUUUUAAAUACCCGUUACCUGAUAUAAUCAAAGAGGAUGAGUUAGCUUGGAGGACUGAUGAAGAAUUUACAAGGCAAAUGCUAGCCGGUAUACAUCCUAUUCUCAUUCGCCGUUUAGAGGAGUUUCCACCAGUUAGUACACUAGACCGUGAAGCGUAUGGAAACCAGAAUAGCUCAAUUACGAAGGAGUCCGUAGAAAAUAGCCUAGAUGGGUUAAGUGUGGAAGAGGCAAUCCAGAGUAAUAGGGUAUUCAUAUUGGACCACCAUGACACCGUAAUGCCAUACUUGAGGCAAAUCAAUGCAGAUACUCCUUCAAAGGUCUACGCAACUAGGACACUUCUCUUCUUAAAAGAAGACGGCACUUUAAAGCCAUUAGUGAUUGAACUAAGCCUUCCGCAUUCGCAAGGGGACAAAUUCGGUGCUAUUAGCAAAGUAUAUGCACCAGCCAAGGAUGGGGUUGAAGCCGCUCUUUGGCAAUUGGCUAAAGCCUAUGUAACUAUUAAUGAUUCUGCAUAUCAUCAACUUAUAAGCCACUGGCUACACACUCAUGCAGUGAUUGAACCAUUCAUAAUUGCAGUGAAUAGACAGUUGAGUGCGCUUCACCCAGUAUACAAACUCUUGCACCCUCAUUUUCGUGACACAAUGACUGUUAAUACAAUAGCGCGUCAGAUUGCUCUUAAUGCUGAUGGGUUGUUUGAGGCUGCUGUCUAUCCUCGAAAGUAUGUCGGGCAGUGGACAUCUGCAUUGUACAAGGAUUGGGUAUUCCCUGAACAAGCUCUUCCGAGAGACCUUAUCAACAGAGGAAUGGCGAUCAAGGACUCAGAAAGCCCUCAUGGAUGCAAGCUUAUAAUCGAGGACUACCCAUAUGCGGUUGAUGGGCUAGAAAUAUGGUCUGCAAUCGAAACUUGGGUCAAAGAAUAUUGCUCAUUUUACUACAAAUCCAAUGACAUGAUUGCUAACGAUCCUGAACUCCAAUCCUGGUGGAAGGAACUCCGCGAAGUAGGGCAUGGAGACAAGAAGCAUGAGAAGUGGUGGUCACAAAUGAAGACCUUUGAUGACUUAACAGAAACAUGCACAACCAUUAUAUGGGUGGCUUCUGCACUUCAUGCAGUUGUUAAUUUCGGACAAUACCCUUACUCAGGAUACAUGCCUAAUCGGCCUACUAUCAGUCGACAGUUCAUGCCAGAGCCAAACACUCCAGCUUAUGAUAAACUGAAGACAAAUCCAGAUGGUGUUUUCUUGGACACAGUAACUAGCCAACUUCGAACUAUGGUGUGUGUUUCAGUUAUAGAGCUUAUAUCCAGGCAUUCUGCAGAAGAGGUUUAUCUUGGAGAAAGGGAGUCUGGUUGGACUUCUGAUAUUCCGCCAUUGAAAUCGUUCGAAGAAUUUAGUAAGAAGCUACAGGGGAUUGAGAAAAAGAUCCUAGAAAGAAAUAAUGAUCCAACUCUGAAGAAUAGAGUUGGUCCAGCUAAACUUCCCUUUACAUUAUUGUUGCCUUCAAGUGGAGAAGGAAUUACAGGCAGGGGAAUUCCUAAUAGUGUCUCCCUAUGAAGUUCUUUGAUUAGCUUUCUAGCCUUUGAAUCAAUAAGCUUGAAGUUCUGAGAUUAUAAUAGGUAUAAUUAAGAACAGGAUCAUUGCAUUAUCAGCAUGUAAACACAUGGAACACUAGGAAAUAAGAAAUGAUAUUGGUCUUCUAUUGGGACCAAACAAUUUCGAACAUCGUAUUCUAAACGAAAAAGCAUGGGUGUAAUUUAUUCGAAUUCAAAGUGCGACCAUUGAUAGCUUUCUCUAUUGAAAUGGAUUCAA